AUGGCCGACAACAACUCUUCCACCCUCAAGUCCUACGUCGACUCCGCCACCGGUCUCGCCCAGCGUGCCGUCGGUGCAGUCACCGGUAGCACCUCUACUCAGGCCGAAGGCCAAUCGACCCAAGACCACUCCAAAUCCGAACAUGCCGCAAGCCACGACACCGCCAAACUCGGGCACGUAACCGCCGACCCCCAAACCGGCGCCACGGCCCAGGAUAGUUCAACUCGCACCACGGGCUCGUGGGACCAAACCGUCGGCUCGGCAAAGGAGUCUGUCGGCAACUUCAUUGGAAAUGAGAAUCUGCGCCGGCAGGGCGUCGAGCAGAAUGCUGCUGGCAAAGAGGCGGAGGCCAAGGGGCAAUUGAAGGAUCUGGGGGAGGGGGUGACUGAUCGCGCGCAGGGGAAGUUGGGGGGAAUUGGGGCUGCGAUUGUCGGGGAUAGGGAGGAGGAGGAGAAGUGGAGGCAGGUUCAUGAUGAGGGGAAGGUUAAGCAGAGGGGGGCGGAGGCGGAUAUUGAUAAGAAGGGGGGUUAUUAG